CACAGUUUGACUGCCAGUAACUCCUCACGUAGUGUCCAUGUGUGUCACAUUAGAGAUUGCAGCUUUGUCCCGGACAGGGUACAAAGUACAAACGGACACACUGAUGGAUUCUGGACCUGCGCUCGCUCCGUCUCUCGUCCUGAGGGUCUUUGUCCUUUUUGCCACAGCAUCAGCCAUCAACCUCGAGGGGGAACUUUUCAAGGAUCUGAUGAAGGGCUACAACAAGAACGUCCGACCCAUGGAGAACGGCAGCGACGUCACUCAGGUCGCCAUCAAGAUGACGCUUACCAACCUCAUCUCCCUGAAUGAAAAGGAGGAGGCUCUCACGACAGGCGUCUGGAUAGGAAUGCAAUGGUGUGACUACAGGCUCAGAUGGGACCGGCCGCCCAGGUCGGCUCUGUACGGGAGCAUCACCUCCCAGCUGCGGCUCCCCUCCAAGAGCAUCUGGCUGCCAGACAUCAUCCUGGAGAACAAUGUGGAUGGAAACUUUGAGGUGGCCCUUUACUGCAACGCACUGGUCUCUCCUAACGGUUGUGUGAACUGGCUGCCUCCUGCCAUCUACCGCAGUGCUUGUGCCAUCACCGUCAACUACUUUCCCUUUGACUGGCAGAACUGCACCAUGGUCUUCCACUCUCAGACUUACAGCGCCAACGAGAUCAAGCUGGUUCUCACAGAGGAGGAUGACCUCACUUUGGAAUGGGUGGAUAUCGACCCAGAGGCUUUUACAGAAAAUGGAGAGUGGGCCAUCAAACACCGGCCGGCCAAGAAGCUGAUCAACACUGACUACAAUAAGGAUGAGCUGGAGUACCAGGAGGUGGUGUUCUUCCUCAUCAUCCAGAGAAAGCCUCUCUUCUACGUCAUCAACAUCAUCGCUCCCUGUGUGCUGUUCUCCUCCCUCGGCCUUCUUGUCUACUUCUUACCUGCCAAAGCGGGCGGUCAGAAGUGCACAAUGUCUAUCGCCACUCUUCUGGGCCAGACUGUGUUCCUCUUCCUUAUCGCCAAAAAGGUUCCAGAGACCUCGAGGGCGGUCCCUCUUAUUGGGAAGUAUUUGAUGUUUGUGAUGUCGGUGACCACCAUGGUGGUAAUGAACUGCGUGAUAGUCCUCAACGUUUCCCUGAGAACCCCAAACACUCACAAGAUGACGGAUAAAGUCCGAAAGAUCCUCCUAAACAUCCUGCCUCGGCUGCUGAACAUGCAGAUGCGACCCUGGACACCAGACGGGGACAACGCAGACACCAGAAAUGGAGAAACCCGGCUCCAUGUGCUCCGUGUCCCCUGCCGACGCCGCAGCUCCAUGACCCUCAUUACCAAGGCAGAGGAAUAUGCGAUGAAGACGGCCCGCUCUGAACUCAUGUUUGCCGCACUCAAAGAAAGAAAUGGACUGAUGAGAUCCGUUUUAGAGAAGCUGAAGGAUGAGCUGGAGGGGGGCACAGCGGAGCAGCUCAGUGCCAGCUUGGGGAAGGCCUCCUCACAGCUCCAACAGUGUGUCUCCUCUUGCAAACACAUAGCGAAGACUGCAAGGCAACAGAACAACUUCAAGAAGGAGAAUGAAGAGUGGUUCCUGGUCGCCAAGGUGAUCGACAGGGUCUGCUUCAUCGUCAUGGUGUCUGUGUUUUUUAUUGGCACGAUAGGGAUCUUCCUGACGGGCCAUUUCAACCAGCCUCCAUCCUCUCCUUUCCUCGGGGAUCCCAAGACGUACCUCCCUCCAACCAACAACCUAACUGAUCGCGUUGAGAAUGGGAGAUAGGAGCAAACUUCUUUGGGUGAAACAAGAGAACGUUUCCAGAUUCAAUCCCUUUAGUCAAAGUGGAAAUCUCACUGUGUCCAUUAUUGAUCUAUCACGAAUGACACAAAUGGAGAAUAGAGGGAAUAAAGAAGUAUAAUCGUG